CGACCGUACAAAACGAAAUUUUUACCGAAACGGGAUUGUCGUCCACUUGCUCAAAAUUCUCGUCAUUGCUGUUUUGCACUCUGAAAUUUAGACAACACCCGCUCGGAAUCAUUGAGUGAUCCUCUAUUCAUUCACAACAUUCAAUUUAUCUGUUCUUCUUUGGGCUUUCCAGAACUGAACCAGAAAUAAGUCUAUAGCUGGAAGGAAAUUGAACUUAACCUUUGUGGCAAAAGGCAUGAUUAUUCAUCUGAAUUUUACUUAAAACUUUGAUUAGCUAGUUUAAAUCCAGUGUCAUUCGUUUUGGGUUUGCGAUGUUAAUUGCUAGUGAUUCUGCUGGGCUGUCCCGGGGAGAUGCGGUUUAGUUGUUUGAUAAAAUGCUUGUGUGUGGUGUUUGUGAAAAUGGGUUUCUAGCUAUAUGUUUUCUUAAUGUGGCAAUUUGAACUUGAAUCAUUCUUAUGGAUAUUAUUCCCUAAGCGACUAUUGGAGGAUACUACAGCAGUUAGCUAGUACUUUAUUAAGACUAUUUUUGCCUUGAUGUUUUUGUUUCAAUUGUGUUUUUCGGGCAGGUAUGUUCUUUUGGGUUUGUUGAGGAAUUCUGCUCAUUAGGUUUACAAUGAUGAAGCCUUUUUCGUUUAACAUAAUCUGAGAUAUCGAGUGAGCGUAGUCUAAAGAUUAACAGAAGUAUGAUGCUUAUUAAAUGUGGAAAUUCAAUUUCUUGUCCGAAUCUCUCUUCAGCAGUAUAUCAGAGUAUGGACACUAGUAGAAUGUUGCUUCAGACUAAGGCAGAGAUUGGAGCUCUACUGUUUGGUUAUAGAAUCUCAAAACUGAGAAUAUCUGUCUUACACAAGGAAAAUUCUAUCAACAGUGCAUUAGCUGUUCCUUUGAUCCGAUCAUCUCGUAGCCAUAACGAAAGAGCACUAGGUAGACCCAAAAUGCUGGAAAAAAAGGGGAAAGGACGUGUUGGAAAGAAGGAGCACCACCUAUGGCAAAGAAGAGAUUCUGCUAAAUCUGGGCAAAAGGCCCUCAGUCUUAUCAGAAUUGUGUCUGGACUCCCUAAUGAAAAAGAGGCUGUCUAUGGAGCAUUGGACAAAUGGAUGGCUUGGGAGACAGAGUUCCCAUUGAUUGCAGUUGCAAAGGCUUUAAAAAUCUUAAGGAAAAGGGGCCAGUGGGUGCGGCUAAUUCAAGUGGCAAAAUGGAUGUUAAGCAGAGGUCAAGGAACAACGAUGGGGACUUAUGACACUCUUCUUCUGGCAUUUGAUAGAGAACGGAGGGUUGAGGAGGCAGAAUCAUUGUGGAACAUGAUUAUACGUGCCUGUACACGCUCUGUCUCGAAGAGACUGUUUUCAAGGAUGAUUGCAUUGUAUGAUCAUCAUUAUAUGCCUGACAAGAUAAUAGAGGUAUUUGCAGACAUGGAGGAGUUGCGAGUAAAACCUGAUGAAGACACAGUCCGCCGAGUGGCACGAGCGUUUGGAGAACUAGGCCAAGAAGAAAAGAAGAAAUUGGUUAUAAAAAGAUAUGGACUUAAGUGGAAGUAUAUUCAUUUUAACGGUGAACGGGUUAGAGUGAGAACAACAACAGCAUGGGAUGAAGAUGAUGGAUCAACCAACUGAAAUGGGAUUCUCUUUCAACGAGGAAACAAUCUCAUCCCGAUCCGAGAUACCUAGAAAUGUAGGAUUCUAGUGCAAUUUAAGGUAACUGUAUAUGCAAAAAGUCAUCAAUUUGCUCUAUGAAAGUUAGACGGAUGGCGAAAAUUCCCAAGGGUGCUGCUGAUGUCGAAUGUGUAUAACUGUUUAUGGAUACCAAUUAAUUCAAGGAGCAAAUUUGAAUUUUGCUUUUUGACCAAAAGGAGUCCAUUGGAAUUGAGUAUGAAAUAUCGCUCCUGAUCAGGGAUAAUCCUUAUAUGAAUUAGGGAUGCUGUAUGUAUGCUAAAACUACUUGCUUAUAAAUUCAAAGUGUUUUUACUUACUGUGUUAUUGAACUUAAGUGUAUGACAAAACAUGUAAAUUAUAGAAAUUAUAAAUAAAAAAUACUCAUAA